AUGAGAAAGAUGUCAGACGAAGAGUUUUAUCUGUUCAAAAAUAUCUCUUCAGUGGGGCCGUGGGAUGGGCCUCAGUACCACAUUGCCCCUGUCUGGGCCUUCUACCUCCAGGCAGCUUUCAUGGGCACUGUCUUCCUCAUAGGGUUCCCACUCAAUGCCAUGGUGCUGGUGGCCACACUGCGCUACAAAAAGUUGCGGCAGCCCCUCAACUACAUUCUGGUCAACGUGUCCUUCGGAGGCUUCCUCCUCUGCAUCUUCUCUGUCUUCCCUGUCUUCGUCGCCAGCUGUAACGGAUACUUCGUCUUCGGUCGCCAUGUUUGUGCUUUGGAGGGCUUCCUGGGCACUGUAGCAGGUCUGGUUACAGGCUGGUCACUGGCCUUCCUGGCCUUUGAGCGCUACAUUGUCAUCUGUAAGCCCUUCGGCAACUUCCGCUUCAGCUCCAAGCAUGCACUGACGGUGGUCCUGGCUACCUGGACCAUUGGUAUUGGCGUCUCCAUCCCACCCUUCUUUGGCUGGAGCCGGUUCAUCCCUGAGGGCCUGCAGUGUUCCUGUGGCCCUGACUGGUACACCGUGGGCACCAAAUACCGCAGCGAGUCCUAUACGUGGUUCCUCUUCAUCUUCUGCUUCAUUGUGCCUCUCUCCCUCAUCUGCUUCUCCUACACUCAGCUGCUGAGGGCCCUGAAAGCUGUUGCAGCUCAGCAGCAGGAGUCAGCUACGACCCAGAAGGCUGAACGGGAGGUGAGCCGCAUGGUGGUUGUGAUGGUAGGAUCCUUCUGUGUCUGCUACGUGCCCUAUGCGGCCUUUGCCAUGUACAUGGUCAACAACCGUAACCAUGGGCUGGACUUACGGCUUGUCACCAUUCCUUCAUUCUUCUCCAAGAGUGCUUGCAUCUACAAUCCCAUCAUCUACUGCUUCAUGAAUAAGCAGUUCCAAGCUUGCAUCAUGAAGAUGGUGUGUGGGAAGACCAUGACAGACGAAUCCGACACAUGCAGCUCCCAGAAAACAGAGGUUUCUACUGUCUCGUCUAGCCAAGUUGGCCCCAACUGAGGACCCAAUAUUGGCCUGUUUGCAACAGCUAGAAUUAAAUUUUACUUUUAAGUAAGUUUCUAUUGUCUCUGUCAGAAACCAAACUACUAAAAACACAAAAAAGAUGGUAAGAGGAGUGACGGCAGUUUGGGGAGUCAAUUUUUCAUUUUCUUACUAUUGCCUUCUUGCCUACAAAGCUACUGUUUCCACUGGGUCUGUUUCAGACCACCCAAAGGCCAUUUCAACAAUCGUCAGUUUCUACUCCUAAGUGGCACCAUUCACAGCACUUGGAGAACUGAUUUCUACAAGGCAACUAAAAGGAAUAUGGCUUUAAGUUUUCAGUGUAUGGAUACUUUCCUUUUUAGUAACUUUUUUUUUUUUUUUUCCUGCUGGGGAUCCAUUCUGAGAUGAUAUAUGCUGAAUUAGAACUUAAGAAAACACCUUAGAAAUGGGAGAGACAUAAAGAAAAACAAAAACAAACAAACAAACAAAAACUUAGUGGCCCCAAAUAUGAGUUUGAAAGAACUUUUGGGUAACUGCUACAGCUUUGGCAGGAACAGCCAUGUCCACAAGCCCCUGAGCAAGCACAAAUUAUUCCAGGUGCUUCCUCCCCAUUGCAUUUGGCUAAACCUUUAUAUUUGUCUUAAACUGUGUGUUUACUAAAGUUAAUAGUUUAAUUCUCUUGAGGUUCUCAAAACGAAUUUUCGUGUUUUAAUACCAUUUGUAAACAAUACCAAAAUGUUAAACAAAAUUGUUUUACCUUAUGCUCUUUAGAUAAACGUGUGUGUACAUUCAGAAUCGCUUGUGUUUGGUAUCAGGUAAUUAUAUAACGAGCAGCAAGUCUCUCCAGUUAUACGGCCUAAUGGAAGUAAAGAAGGGUUAUGGCUGCGGUGAGAAGGAUGCUAGAAAAUAUCAGAAAACAGGGAGAAAAGAAUAAUCAUUUAGGAGAAGGCAGUGCUGUCUCUGAGUUUGGGAGAACUUCAAGGAGAGUUCCCAUUCUGACAUUUUAGAGCAUCCACAAUUCUACGCUAGAGUUCUAUUUCUUAGAAAAUGAAGGUCGUACAUACCCCAUAAUGAAUGUAAACAGUUUUAUUUAGAAACAGAUAGGUACCUGUUCACAUUGCAGAAUAUAAAACUUGGUUUACACUCUAUAAAAAAUAACCAAUAUCCAAAUUUAAGAGAGCUAGCAUUCACAGAACACACAAUAUGGGUGUGUAACUACUGUUCACCAGCCUCAGGCUUGAUUUAAACAAACAAACAAAAAAAUCCAAAGGGAUCAUUCAAGAUGACCGUACAAUGCUUGCUGCUGUCUUCGCAGAUUAAGGUUUGCUUUUCAAGUGCAUGAUUUUAACAUAAGGCCUGGGCUCUCUGCACCUAGUGAGGUGUGAGGCUCUCUUGCCACACAGUUCACACUCUCACUUAACUAAGCCAGAGUUGGUGGCAUUAUUAAAUUAUCACUGGUCUUCUCAAUAGCAAAAAUGGAGAAUCCAGAGGGCGGGAAAUUUCCAUUACCCUAUAUUGGGGCUAAACUUAAAAGAGUAUAUCCACUAUCAAGAGCUUAGUACAAAGGCUGGGGUGAAGUUACAUGAUACCUGGCUUUUUACCAUACCAGGGAGCCCACCUCAACAUGAUUGUGGAAGACCAAAGGAUAUACCUAGGUUCAGAUUAUAAUAAAUCACCCAGCACCACCUGAAUGUAUUAUCCACAAAGAUAUAGCAAUAAUAAAGGUUAUAUAUACAUAUAUUUAUCUUGGUAACCUGAGGGCUAAAAACGUGGAAUACGAUAAUUCUUCUCAAGAGGUCCAUCUGUAAGAAAGGGACCCAAAAGGACAGUGUUUGUGUUGCAUAAAAUAUGGGUAAAGUGGAGUUGGGAACAGAGGGUGGUUUCUUUAGCUCUUUCCACAUCUCUCUCUUUGAUAAGGACUGAAAACCUGUUGAUUCAUGAUAAACUUUUCCUUUUUUUUUUUUGGCAGCGGGGAGAGGGAAAGAGGAGGAAAUGGGGUGUGAUGGGUCAAAGGCAGGAAAGGUGAGCCAUGGUCCUCAAACCAAAGAGCCCUCUCUGUAGGUCCUCUGAUCUUUCAGUGUGAGCUCAAGCUCUCCAGCGGACACAGAAAAAGGCCUGGUAGUAAGUGGUUUGCAUUGUGAGGUAUGAGGAUCCCUGGUAAAUUCAGCAGCAUUUGGUUUUUGGAAAUCAGCCCACAAGAUAAGAACACUGCAACCAAACUCAUAACUAAUACUGCUAAUUUAACUAUUGUCCAAAA